AUGGGUGUUUUAGCCGCUUUCCUCCCUGCUGUCCCGCACGUGAUCUCCAUGGAAACGUCAUCAAGCUGGAGAAGUCUUCCCGUUGCUGUAGUUGAGCUAUCUGAGCAUGGCAGCAAAGUGGCCUCAGCACCAUAUAUGAAGCUAGCUCAGUUUUCUUUCCCUUCACAUUAUGCCAGUGUGGAGAGAAAUGGAGAGCGCUACAUGUCCCCAGAGGACUUUGUGUCCAAGUUCCUGCAUGCACAAUCAGACAUACGACUGUCCAAGGAGGCAACAGUUCUACUGGCAGGUGUUGUAGACCAGACCAAAGAUGGGUUGAUCUCCUUUCCUGAGUUUUUGGCCUUUGAGUCUGUGCUGUGUGCUCCAGAUGCUCUCUUCAUGGUCGCCUUUCAGCUCUUCGACAAAACUGGAAAUGGAUUUGCCACUUUUGAGGAUGUGAAACAAGUUUUUGGUCAGACCACUAUUCACCAGCACAUUCCCUUUAACUGGAACUCCCAGUUUGUUCAGCUUCACUUUGGCACAGAGAGGAAGAAACACCUGAACUAUGGGGAGUUCAUUCAGUUUCUGCUGGGAGGUAUGACUGCUGAGAUGCAGCUUGAACAUGCCAGACAGGCUUUUGUGCAAAGAGACCAGGCCUGGACGGGCACCAUCACGGCUCAGGACUUCAGGGACAUUAUGGUGACCAUCAGACCACACACGCUCACACCAUUUGUGGAGGAAUGCUUAGUGGCAGCGGCCGGUGGCAGUACGUCACAUCAGGUCAGCUUUUCCUACUUUAAUGGCUUCAACUCUCUGCUAAACAACAUGGAGCUCAUUAGAAAGAUCUACACCACCCUGGCAGGCAACCGCAGAGAUGUGGAAGUUACUAAAGGGCAGUCACUCUAUACCAGUGCAGUGGGAAUCCCACUGUUAACCAGCCUGUGUUCAUCCUGCUCAUUACCACUCUACACUUAA